AUGGCUGACAGGUAUUCAUUUUCCCUAACCACCUUCUCACCCAAUGGUAAAUUGGGACAGAUCGAUUAUGCCUUUACAGCGGUGAAGCAAGGUGUAACCUCUAUUGGUGUUAAAGCUACAAAUGGUGUUGUCAUUGCCACAGAGAAGAAAUCUUCAUCUCCAUUGGCUCUCACUGAAACAUUGAAUAAAAUUUCACAAAUAACACCAAACAUUGGAACUGUCUAUUCCGGUAUGGGUCCUGAUUACAGAGUUCUAGUGGAUAAAUCAAGGAAAGUGGCGCACACACAUUAUAAGAGAAUUUAUGGUGAGUAUCCACCAACAAAACUUCUGGUUUCUGAAAUUGCUAAAAUCAUGCAAGAAGCUACUCAAUCGGGUGGUGUUAGACCAUAUGGUGCAUCUCUUUUGGUCGCCGGUUAUGACGAACAUACAGGUUUUGGGCUAUAUCAGGUAGAUCCGUCCGGAUCUUAUUUCCCCUGGAAGGCUACAGCUAUAGGGAAGGGUUCUACUGCUGCAAAGACUUUCUUAGAGAAAAGAUGGAACGAAGAACUUGAAUUGGAAGAUGCCAUCCAUACAGUGCUUCUCACGUUAAAGGAAUCUGUAGAGGGUGAAUUUAACGGAGAUACAAUUGAAAUAGCAGUUAUCGGUGAUGAGAACAAGGAUCUGUUAGGUUACAAGGGUGUUCCAGGUGAUAAAGGCCCUCGCUUUAGAAAAUUAACUGCACAAGAAAUCAACGAUAGAUUGGAUGCAUUAUGA